AUGGAUUCUACGUUUUUUUUCUCAAAUACGUAUAACCCCUCUAUCGAUACAUGGUCCCAAACUCAUGUCAAUAGUUUUAAAAGGAGUACAGCAGAUGGUCUGGUGUUAAGUGUUAAAAUUCAUGACGAAUUAUCACAAGAACUUAACAAAGCGAUCAGGGAAUGUAUGGAAUUUUGUCAAUUGACUCCGGAUAAAGAUCCACUGAAUUCUAUUGAUAAAAUCCGAUCAGCAUUCAUGCUGAAAGAUAAACAGCAUCAAAAUGAGCUUAGAGAUUUUGAGCUUGAACUACUGCAAUUGACAAGGGAGAAACAAUUUUUACAAGGGGAAUUGGUUAAAGCAUCUUCCCAACUAGAAGUAGUUGAUGAAAUGGUUGCACACAAUGUCGAUUUAGAAUGGGCAAAUGAAGCACUCACGCAGAGAAUAACUCGCCUAGAGAAUAAUUCAGCCAAAACUGGGAGAUCAAAACCAGAAUUUUUGAACGCAUUCGCCCACCAAGAAAUAAAUUUCGACAAAAUAUGA